AUGGAAGAAAAAAAUUAUUACGAACAUAUGAGAACUUUGACGCAUGCAACAUUUUGCUUCGAGAAUGAGGACCAUACUUUAGGCAACUGUUUACGCUGCAUUUUGCUGCAAAAGGAGGGAGUGGAAUUCGCGGGGUACACCGUGCCGCAUCCUACUCAAGCGGAAAUUAAUCUGAGGAUUCAGACAACGGGCGAACCGGCCGUAAACAUUCUGAAGGAUGCCCUAGACGACUUGUCCAAUAUUUGCGACAUCAUGUUGAACAAGUUUGAUUCCGCGGUGAAAUGA